GCUUUCCAUUAAAUCUAUUAUAAUAAAAAUUUCACGGUCUUUUUCUCUCUCUCUUUCUCUUUUAUUUGUUUCUUUCAAAUUCAUUCAUCUAAACUUUUUACGUCCCAUCACCAAAACGCUCUCCUUUCUCCCCUUCUUCUCCCUUUCCCUUCCCCCUCCCCUCUUACUCUCUUUUAACACAAACACACAAUUCUUUUUUUUCUUUUUAAAUAAGUAAAUUAAAUUCAAAUCAAAUUAAAACUCUCUUUUUCCCUUUUUCAAGAAAACAAACAAUCCCACCACAACACACACACACACACACACUCUACCUUUCCCGUGAAAUAAAUAAAAUUUAAAAUUUAAAAAAAAAAAGGAAGAAAGAAAAAAAACCCUUCCAAUUUUUCCAUAUCUCUCUUGAUCUCUUCAAAGACUAAAAUCCCACUCUUUUCCAUUACAAAAAAAGGAAAAAAAAAAAAUGGAUUCAGUGUCUGAAUCCGGCGGGGGUGGUGGUGCAUCGGAGAGCACGGCGGAGGGUUGUUCAUCGGCAACGGGAGGGGGAGGGGGAGGGGGAGCGGCGGUGGCUCCACCGAGCCGAUAUGAAUCUCAAAAAAGAAGAGAUUGGAACACUUUCUUACAAUAUUUGAAGAACCACAAGCCGCCACUGUGUUUAGCUCGAUGCAGUGGUGCUCACGUGAUCGAAUUCUUGAAAUAUUUGGAUCAGUUCGGAAAGACGAAGGUCCAUGCUUCCCCCUGCCCUUAUUUCGGUCACCCAAAUCCACCUGCUCCCUGCCCCUGCCCCCUCAAACAAGCUUGGGGUAGCCUCGACGCUUUGAUCGGCCGCCUCCGUGCCGCUUACGAAGAGAACGGUGGCCGCCCUGAAUCCAACCCAUUUGCCGCACGUGCCGUCAGGAUUUAUCUCCGUGAGGUUCGUGAAGCUCAGGCUAAAGCCAGAGGAAUUCCUUACGAGAAAAAGAAACGGAAAAGACCCGCCCCCACCGCCCCUCCCCCUGCAGAGACUAGUACCUCCGCCACCACCACCCCCGCAGAUAAUCAGCCUGAAACAACCGCUGGUGGCGGUGGCGGUGGCGAUGAUCCCGCCCUUCCUCCUCCGCCGUCCACAACCGCCGCUUCCACCACCGUAUAGUCUCUCAAUUACUUCUUUUUUUUUUUUUUUUAAUAUUUUUCCUUGAAAUAGCAUCUCUCAUCAUCUCUCUUAAUUGUGAUUAUGAGUUUUAUUUAAUCAUAUAAAUAUUAAACCUAUUAAUUCUCAUUAAUCCGAUCAUUCAAUAUCUCAUAUUAGAUCUUCCCAUCA